AUCCGUCCCGGUUCCCAGCUCUGUCAUGGCGGCGCCCGGGUCUCCAGCCGGUGUGUGGCGCCGAGAUGUUGAGCUUUUUGUCCGCUCGACAGUCGGGUUUGGAGGACCCGCUCCGCUUGCGCAGAGCGCAGUCCACACGGAGGGUCCUGGGACUGGAGUUAAACAAGGACAGGGAUGUGGAGAGAAUCCACGGCAGUGGAGUUAACACCCUUGACAUUGAGCCCGUUGAAGGGAGAUACAUGUUGUCAGGUGGUUCCGAUGGUGUGAUUGUACUCUAUGACCUUGAGAACGCCAGCAGACAGCCCUAUUACACAUGUAAAGCAGUGUGUUCCGUUGGCAGAAGCCAUCCUGAUGUUCACAAGUACAGCGUGGAGACUGUUCAGUGGUAUCCUCAUGACACUGGCAUGUUCACAUCCAGCUCAUUUGAUAAAACUCUGAAAGUGUGGGAUACAAACACAUUGCAGGCUGCAGAUGUGUUUAAUUUUGAGGAAACAGUUUACAGUCAUCACAUGUCCCCAGCAGCCACCAAGCACUGUCUGGUAGCAGUUGGAACAAGAGGACCCAAGGUACAACUUUGUGACUUAAAGUCUGGAUCCUGUUCUCACAUUCUACAGGGUCACAGACAGGAAAUAUUGGCGGUUUCCUGGUCACCACGUCAUGAAUAUAUCUUGGCAACAGCAAGUGCUGACAGUAGAGUAAAAUUAUGGGAUGUGAGAAGAGCAUCAGGCUGCUUGCUUACUCUUGACCAGCACAAUGGGAAAAAGUCACAGGCCGCUGAAUCAGCAAACACUGCUCACAAUGGGAAAGUUAACGGCUUAUGUUUUACAAGUGAUGGGCUUCACCUGCUCACCAUUGGCACAGACAACCGAAUGCGGCUCUGGAAUAGCUCCAGCGGGGACAACACACUGGUGAACUAUGGGAAGGUGUGUAAUGACAGCAGGAAAGGGCUGCAGUUCGCUGUCUCCUGUGGCUGCAGCUCAGAGUUUGUGUUUGUUCCCCACGGCAGCACCAUUGCCAUGUACGCAGUCCACUCGGGAGAGCGGCUCGCCAUGCUCAAGGGACAUUACAAAAGUGUCGACUGCUGCGUGUUUCAGCCUAAUUUCCAGGAACUUUACAGUGGAAGCAGGGACUGCAAUAUUCUUGCUUGGGUACCAGCUUCCUAUGAGCCAGUUCCUGAUGAUGACGAAGCUCCAGCCAAAUCCCAGUUAAACCCAGCGUUCACGGACGCCUGGAGCAGCAGUGACGAGGACGGGUGACUGUCAGCCCUGGCUCCUUGUCCAUCAGACUUCCAGGACGGUGUUGUGUGCACUUCAGCACCAGCAGGGCUGUUCUUCCCGUUAUUGUUGGUUUUGAGACAGUGUCUCACUGUGUAACCCUGGCUAGCCUGCACUAGCCUGGAACUCUGUGUAGAGCAGACUCAGCUCACACUGGCAGCUGUUUGCCUCUGCUCCCAGGUGCUGGGGUUAGAGAUGUGUACCAACCAUGUGACCCCUCUGUGCCCAGGUGCUGGGGUUAGAGAUGUGUACCAACCACGUGGCCCCUCUGUGCCCAGGUGCUGGGGUUAGAGAUGUGUACCAACCACGUGGCCCCUCUGUGCGUGUGUGUGAUUGUUUGUUUGUUUCAUUAUAUUUAAACGCUUCAGUUUUUAGCCUGUUGAUCCUGAAUUUGGGAUAUUUCCCUGUGUGUUUUAAAAUGAGAUUGAUGUGUAUAAAACCCUGAAAUACACUUUUCUGUCAGUUAAUUAAUCAAAACUUGUCUCCUUGAGCCCAUUCACCAGGGCACAAGAACAGAAUUGUUAUUCCCAGCUAGGUCCUUCUUAUGUGCAUCCGAGGAGCUGAAAGGGGUGGCAGAGGAAGCUCUCAGCUCUGACUCCUAACUGCUGUCAGCCUGCCCUCCCCACCUUCAGGGAGGAUUAGAGAAACUUGUUGCAAAGGUGGCAUCGUAAGUCUGGUUUUUUUAUUCAAACUGAAUGGCUUCAUGUAAUCAAGCAUCUUCUCCCUCAUAUUGAAUGUUAACCGCUCAUGCAUCUCACAGUCUGAACAUCGUAUCACAUAGGCAAUCCCUGACCACUUUGUAUUGCUUUCAGAAGGCAGCUUACACUCAGUCUUAAUACCUUUCUAUGAGACUCAGCAAGAUCCAUGCAGGGAUCUAGACUAAACAUGAAAUGUCAUACAAUUGUUCUUUCCUUUUCUUGUGUCAACUCAGAGUGAUUAUUAGGAAGUCUCCUCCAUUCUUGUGUGUGUGUGUGUGUGUGUGUGUGUGUGUGUGUGUGUGUUUUAGUUUCGGUUUUGUUGCUGUGAUAAAAUCCCCUGAACAAAGACCGUUUAGGAGAGAGAGCAUUUAUUUCAGUUAACAAUUCCAGGUUAGAGUCCUCACUGUGGGAAGUCAGACAGCUAGGCACAUCACCUCCCAGUCACAGAAGUGUGUGCACAGAGCCUUCGCUGCCCAGCUGAAGUGAAAUGACCUCAUGGAGAGAAAUGGCUUCUGUAACUGAAAUUCUUUUUAUGCAAUCUCUGCUGAAAAGUUCCAUAUAGAACAGACAAGGAAAAAAUAGAAAAUAAAACUUCAGAGAAAAUUCUGAAGACAAGCCUUGAGUUAUACCAACUGUAAGAUGCAAAUGACUUCAGGCUGGUGUGAACAUACUGACUGACUAGGGAGGUGGGAACAGGAGGGUUGUGUGUUUUCGGCAAACCUGGGAAGCAGGAAAUAGUAGUCGUCUUUUUCAUGUCUGGAAUCAAAUGCCUGACAAGGAGGAAGCAUCGAAUUUAGCAAAUGGUUUGAAUGUACAGGACACCAUGGUGGAAAGGAGCAGAUGGUAGGAGUGACAGAAGCAGGAGGCUGACAAGAAGGCACGGACAGGACAGGAAGCAGGGCCAGGCAUGAAGGUCAAGAGUUGACUCCACCUCACAAAGAGUCUGCAGUCUCAGAGAAACAGCACUGCCAGCUAGGGUCUAAAUACUUGAACAUAGAAGAGGCCAUGGGGACAUUUCACAUUCAACUACCAUUGGUCCCUGUAGGUUCAUGGCCAUCUCAUAAUGCAAAAUGCAUUUGGUUAAACCUUGAAAGUCCCCAUACUCCUUCAAAUCCAACACUUGAAAGCUCCAAUAUCCCCUCAUUCCUGAAGAAAAAACAAGUAACCAUUCCCAUUCCAAAGCAGUGGAAAGACUGGACCAAAGCAAGAUGCAGACCCAGCGGAGGGAAAGAAACUCAAGUUCCACGCCUGCACCUGGGCCUCUUGCGGUAUCUUGACUUCCACAGGCUCAACUCCAUUCUUUAGCUCUGUUGCCGGCAGCACACAUGGCCAGUUCCACCCAGUGCCUGGACCUUUCUUCCCUCAGUAGACAUGCCACACUUCUGAUAUCUGCAGUAUCCUGGGGUCUCCACUGUAACUUAAACUUCACUCACCUUUACAGUUCAUGCACAGCCCACUCAGGAGCUCCGUGCAUGGAAUCUGGCCUCGCUUCGGUGGUUCUUCUGGAAUCUUGGUGCAUACUUCCAUGAUACUUGGAGUUUGCAGGGCUAGAAAACUAACACGACAUAGAAAACACCAAAUGCUGCUGUCCUUUCCAGAUGUAGCUCAGCACUCGACAGCCAUGGCUGCAGCAGCUUUCAUGUGAUCUAGGAAAACACGUCCCUGGGCUCUCGCUUUUGCGUCGGGAGCCCUGUCGAGGCUCUCUGACUUCGGGCACCUCUGCUUUCUUGUGAGUUCUCAGGUUUAUAUACUGGCACUUAGACCACUGAGGCUUUACCUUCCCGGCCGGGCUGUUGGGUGCAGAUAUGGUUUCUUUCUCUUUCCUGUCAUUCACCUUACUACUAGCUGCUCUCCCACAUCCACUCUGCAAGUUUAAACUCAUUCAUGUUUCUUUCUUGCCUAACUGUAGAUUUAUCAUCUUUCUGCUUUCUUCCUGUAAAGGAAAUCUGAGCAGUGAGCAGAAACCAUCCUACAGCCUGCGUGCUCUGCUGUCCUGAAGUUUCCUCCACAGAUCAGUUUAUUCUAAAUUCAACGUCACUCGGAUUAUCAGGACAUGGGUGACUAUAACACAAGUAGCCUCUAGUUCAGUUCCAGUUUGGGUCCUCCUUCCUCUUGGACUCGAAAGCAUCUCUCUUGAUGUGAUUUUCUGAGCUCCAGCUAAAAUGGCCCAGUAAGUCUACUUACAGCAUUCAAGGUGUUCUUUAACCCACAACUCUAACUUAAUCUUUCUCCUGCAAAUUAGCCCCAAAGUUUGCAGGACACAUGAGCAGAUUUAUCUUAGCAACAACCCUACUCCAUCGCACAAACCUUGCCCUCAGUGCCAGGUUUGUUUUUUUUUUUUUUAAAAAAAGAUUUGUUUUUAUUAUUUUUAUUAUAUGUAUUGUAUGGACAUGUGUAGGUGAGUACAGAUACCUGUGGAGCUCAGCGGUGUCUGAUCCCCUUGGAACUGUAGUUACAGAUAGUUCUGGAUGCUAAGAACCAAACUUGGGGUCUCUAGAAAUACAGUACUGAGACAUUUCUCCAGCCCCACUUUUUCUGUAUUAGUUUUCACACAGUGACCAAAUAGCUGGCAAAAAAAAAAUAAAAUAAAAGCAAGAGGAGGAAGGAUUGAUUUAGUUCAUUAAAGCAAUGAACUUAGUACCGUCAAACCUUGCCAGAAAUGGAACGGCAGAAGCCUGGCACAUGGGGAAUUUUGCCUUUCAGAGAGUGUACCAGAGAAAGCUAAUGACAGAAAGAACAACCACCUUGCCUGGCACUAUGUUCCAGACAGGAUGGUUACAGCAGGGCUGGGGUAGAGAGGGACUGAGUACUGGGGAGUGUUAGAUUGCUGGCCUGUAGUUAACAGUUGAGCUGUGAAAGUGGCUUUUCUUGUUGUGUGCAGGGGUUUGGCUUUGGUGUUUUGUUUGUUUUUGAGACACAGGCUUUCAGUAUCCAGGCUGACCUUGAGCUUGCUGUGUAUGUAGCCCAGUGUCUUAGUGAGUGUUCUAUCACUGUGAAGAGACACCCAAACCACAGCGGCCCUUACAAGGGAAAGCAUUUAAUUAGGGGCUCAGUCCAUUUUCAUGAAGGUAAAGAUCGGGGUGGCAUGCAGGGAGACAUGGCGCUGGAGAGGUAGCUAAGAGUUCUACGUCUGAGUCUGCAGACAGCAGGAAGAGAGCCUCUAGGCUUGGAAUGGGCUUUGGAACCCCAGGGUCUACUCCUAAUGACACACUUCCUCCAACAAGGCCACACUUCCUUGUCCUUUCAAAUAGUGCCACUCUCUGAUGCCCAGUAUACAAAUCUGUGAGCCUAUGGGGGCCAUUCUCAUUCAAACCACAGACUCAGUCUGGAUUCCAGCUCUGGAUCCUGCAGCCUUAGCUUCCCAGGUGCUGGGAUUGCAGACAUGAGCCUCCACGCCUAGUCCUUUUUUGCAAAGAACAUGUGAGUUUCUUCUUCGCUACCUUGAAUGGCUGUUAAAUAUCCUUGACUUCUAGAAUUAUAACAAGUCGUGUAAAGAAACAAUUUUUGAGAUAAAAAUCUCAUGUAACCCAGGUUAUCCUCCAAUUUGUUUUAUGGCCCAGAAUGACCUGGAACUUUGGAUGCUGCCAAUCUCUGGAACCACAGGCAUGAGCCAUUGCACCUAGUGCCUGUGUGUUGCUGAGAUCAGACUUCUUGUAAGCGAGGCAAGCGUUCUCCCAGCUAAGCUGUUAUCUACUCCCUGCAAUAUAAACAUAACCUGCCGCUAUAGUUGUGUCUGAAAUAGUUUUAGAUACAGGGAACACGGUUCCUUUCUUGCUGUGUGUUUCUAAUCAGAUAACUGACAACUCAAAACAGAAGAAAAGAAGGCGAGUUGUUGUGAUGUUCUCUACCAGCGUUCUCUGUGUCAGAAUCAGCAAGCCAAGGGCCCGCAUUCUCUUGCUGCUCAUGAAAACUCCUGUAGCUUUUGCACUAAUGUAUAUAUACAGCUCUCCUGGUUCGUGCUCCUGCGGGUGAAGAGGGUGCCGCAACCCUAACUAGGUCUGUUAUUCAGUCAUUACAUCAGUUACAUCCAUGUGUGAGACUGGGUUCCUCAAGCUUGUGCUUUCAUUCUAUGUGUUUGUCAGUGUUUAUUGUGUAAACUUUGCAGAACUGGAGAGUGCCCCUAGGCUUGACUGGUGGUUUUGUUUCCUUGCCUCCAGUGGUCAGCUCUAGAAAGCAAGUGACUCAAUGAUUUAUACAUACCACUUCUCUUUGAUUUGUAUUAUCCUUUGUGGCACAGGUUAAGGUUAGCAACAACCUUAACCUGGGACCUGUUGACAUCUUGGGCAAGCGGUAGCCACCUAUGACUCAGGCUCUAGGUCCUCAGAUUCCUCCCUGUCAUAUGAUGCUCCAUCCACACUGCUGUGUACAUCAAUAAUUUCUAAAUAAAUACAUCAUUCAAAGCUGUACUCAAAGAAUUCCUAAUGAAUCUGGGAGUUGACUUAACCAUUUUUAUCAAUAUUAUAGAGCUGUGAUGUUUUCCUA